GGCCCAGGCCCUGCUGACGGUGCUCUGCCUCGCACCAAUGCCCUCAGUUUGUGGGAAGUGAUGCUCUCGGUGCCCCAGACCGCGGAGAAGGUCUUGAAGGAGCUGCGCAUCCAACUCCGGGACCAUAAGAAUGGCAUUUUCCAGACCUCUGAGGAGAACAUCUGCCUGACUUGCGUGGCUAUGCUGGCCUCUGAAGACAUCCAAGAGGAGGAAUUUGCUCUGUUGUACAACACCUCCAGGUUUCUGGUGUAUUCAGACAACAACACAGAUGCACAGAUGCUCUCCCUGGUGCUCAGGGCCCUCAUCACGCUGUCAGAGAGGGGUGACAGGGCGAGAAAAAUGAAGGUCCUCCUGCAAGACCUGGUGAACCUGUUGUGGCACAACUAUGUGUCCCUGGCCAUGAAGGCCCUGACGGUCCUGCAGAAUGUGAUGAGGCACUUGAGGAAGACCGAGGCCAGCUCCAUUGCCGUGGGCCUGGCCAAGGCGCUCUGGCCGUACUUUGAUGAGGAGGAAAGCUGGGUGCGGGAGCGCAGCAUAUGCUCCUUCCGAGACCUGGUGAGGAUGGUGCUGGGGAAGGAGAAAAGGUGGAUGAAGAACUACGUGCACAGUGUCCUUGCCCCGCUCAUCCUUCGCAUGAAUGACAAGGCGCCCAAAGUGAGCCAGGCCUCCAGGAGUGCCCUCCUUGCUAUCGCAGAGCUCCUCAAGUGGAAGGAGCUGAAGCAUGUGGUGAAGACACAGCAGACCUGGAGGAUGGCUGACUGCUUGAUGGAAAAGAACAGCAGCAGGGCUGAGCAGUACCUUCAUCAGAGCCUGCAGUACCUGAGGGACCCUCAGGAAUGUGUGCAAGACUGGAGCAUCAGGUUCAUCGGGACCAUCACGCGGCAUCUCAAGGACCAAAGCAAGGAGCUGACUGCUCUGGUCUUCAGUGAACUUCAGUCCUUGCAAGAAGAUGGGUGUGAAUUCAUCCGUUGCCUGGCAGCUCAGACCAGCUUGAUCCUGGAGAGCCCGAGCGAGCAGCGGACAUCGGGAGGGUCCCGUGGCAUUCUGUGGUGCUGGUGCCGCUGAACUGGGGGCCUGCCUGGUGCCCAGAGUGGGACAUUCAGGCAGGACUGCUCAGGGACACCCUCCCACUGCUUCACAAGGUGCAGAAAGGACUCCCUGGCUUCCUAAGGUCCUCAGAGAAGGCUCUGGCUGUGGCUGAAUCCAACCCCAGACCUGGUCAGCACUUGAUAUCUGAAGGGUCACACAGGCGUUGUUGAGCCUGGAUAUUAAUUAUUUUGUCCUAGUGAUUAUGGCUGGCAAGCCAACUAUAGUUUUGUAAAUAAAGAUCGUUUUUUGUUUCAAUAACAGCUUGUCAGUUUUCUUUUAAGACAAGGUGACCCACCUGGUUCAUCAAGGAAAGACAGCAGAUGUAAUCUUUUGGGAUUCCAGCAAAGCGCCCCAGACUCUCUCCCCCAAAAUCCUUCAGUGUGGACGCUGAAAGCCUGGUCAGAAGAGAAAGUCAGAUGGACUUUGCCAGGCAUUUGCUCUGGGGGAGCUGUGAGAAGACAUU